AAUUGACAGUGACAGCCAAACUGACAUUAAAAAAAACAGAAUUGUCGAAUUUGUAAAAACUUUAAUUGGUGUUAUCUAACCAAUAUUUUCAGCAUGGGCUUGUUAAAAAAGACAACAGGUCUCACGGGUUUGGCAGUGGCAGCUAACCCACAUCACACUCUAGGUGCACUUUAUGGCAAGAUUUUAAGAACUAUUAAAAAAAUGCCUGAGGCCUCAGUCUACCGCAAAUACACUGAGCAAAUAGUCCGUGAACGAGCUGCGAUUCUGCAACAAACCAAGGAUGUGUAUGAAAUUGAACAGAAAAUUAACUGUGGACAAGCUGAAGAAUUAAUCAUCCAAGCUGAAAACGAAUUGAACUUAGCUCGCAAAAUGUUAAACUGGAAACCCUGGGAACCUUUGGUUGCAAAACCACCCAAAGGACAGUGGGACUGGCCUCCAGCACAGCCUUGAAUUAAUUGUAGUCUGCCAGGAUCCACAUUCAAAAUAUUGUUUAGUUCAUUCAAUAACACUAUUAUUAUUUAAAAACUAGAUUUAUUUGUAGUUGAAAUAAAACUCUUGAACUCAUAAUAA